CCACUCCCAGUCCCAGUCUCCCACCGUCCCACGAAACACACUCAACUCUGCCCCGAAGCGGAGAACCGCCAGCCAGACAUGAAGAGAACCAGAGCGCAGCAGCCCAAGGUCGAGGAGCCGCAGGACCUCGCCGCCAACCUAAAGCCGCAGCGCCGGGACAAACAGCCGAGGCAGCCCAAGUCAGGCGCCAAAGCGAAGCCCGCGGCGGGCCCGCGCGUCGCGGCGGCCACGACCCUCGCCGCCGCCGCCGCCGCAGCAGCAGCAGCAGCAAAUGCCGCCUCGGCCGCGUCGUCGCCCGGGCCGGAAACGGCUCCGACCGUGCCGGACGUGUGCGUCGGCGGGGACAAGGACGGGGACGCGGACGCGGACGCGAGCGCCGUGGACUGGGACCUCGACGCCGGGCUGAGCGCGGCGGCGUGGUGGACGUGGGGCGUGGACGAGGAGAAGCUGCUCGGCUGGUUCCCCUUCGUGGAGGAGGACUUCCGGUGCGCCGGCGGCGGCGCCGCCGAGGUGGCCGCCUUCGACCACGACAUUUGGAGCAUCUGGUGAACGAACCUUUGAGAGACAGACAACCGAGCCGGUGGCGAUGCUUCUUUCGCUGGUCUUGCUCUGCCCUGCCCCAGGGGUUGGAGGUAGUGUCUUGGUACAGUGACGGGGGAAUGCGGGCGGAGGAUGUGUAGGCGAGGUUUGCUAGUCGACUAGAUAAUGCCGCGUGUCUGCAAUGGCGCAAUUCCAAGCGCGCUCUUCGUUGCUCCAUCGAUCGCGCAGUGUCUGCCCGGAAGACGUUCUCGAUUCAUACAUAAGAACAACGGCAGCAAUUUCAAUCAAGCGCAUCAGCACCCAAAAACUUGUUUAGCGAAGUACUGUAUGCAGGAUUUGAUAGCUAUGUAGAAUUGUGCAGGCGGUGUGUGCUACUACGGGAUUGCGAUUUCAAGUUCACUAGAGCUUGGGCAUGUGGGCAAAACGUUGCGAGGCCGAAAUGUCGUCCAUGUUUCUUCGCCGGUUACUUGGGUGUAUAAUGCAACUGCCCACACAUAUUGGAACUGCGCUCUGCGACUCAAUCCCGAACAGUUUGGAUAUUUUAGCUGCUUACUCAUUCCUAGAAAGGUCGUACAUCCCCCUCCGUUUCAAAAUAUUAUUGUUUUU